CAGCAGUUAAACCAGCGGCCCUAUUACUGGAUUUAACAAAUUACAUCCCAACUUAGGUUUUUCAAGGUGCUAUAAUACGUACAUCUAUCUAAUAUAUACGGAUACACACUGAGUACCGUUGUACACUGAGCGAACAGCAGGGGGCGGUGUGAAAUAAGAGGCUGGAGGAAAACCUCAGUGACCAAAAAGGAAAAGGAAGUAAAGAAGAGGCGCGCGCUCUGUUUGUGUUUGAAUCACGGAAACGAUUUGUCUGCUCCACCACAAUGGCUCAGGGUCAUAAAUUUCAGGACCUGGAGGAGAUGGGGGAGGCGUUGUUGGAGUACAUCAACAGCAGCCAAACUGAAAAACUGAGACUGAUGAAAGCCGAACAUCAGACCCUUUUUGACCAGCACAUAGAAACCAAGAAGAUCGUAACAAAGAUCCUUAAAGAAGAAGCUCAGAUUGCGGAAUGUUUCGGCCAACAGCUGCUGGACAUAGAGGAGGAAAAGCAGCAAAGGAACCGGGAGCUGCAGAGUGUGGAGGAGCAGCUGAGGCAGUGCAUGGCCAAGAGCCAGAUCACUGAUUCAGAACUACAGUUCCUGAAAGGAGAGUUGGAGAGUUUGAAAAACACCGAACAGCAUCUUGAGACUCUUCAGUGUGAGGUGGAUGAAGACACCACAGAGGUUAUUCCAUCAGCAGUGUACGUGGCCAAGCUGUACUACCUAAUAACCAAGAUCAAGUGGGAAUAUGAUACACCUCCUAACAUCUUAAAAGGAGUGCACUACGGCGCAGACCUGGCAACUCCCAUCAACAUCGACACAUCAACACGCUCUCGGAGUAACGUCAGCGACCAGCUGUGGGGCUUUGUCAGCACUGAAUAGUAGACAAACGGUGUUGGAAUAUUGUCAGAAACGUUGUGUACAUUAUGUAUUUGUUUGUCUGUUUACAUGGUGGUUGUUGUUUUUUUUGUUUUUAAAUGUAAUGCCCCCAGAUCAUCUUACUCUCUAAUAUAUUUCAGUACUGGUGUAGUGUGUGGUGGCAGGUCAGUCACUAGGUGGCACUGCUGUGUACUUCUGCAAAUGGUCAUUUUGUGACAGUUCCAUCAUCUGAUGAUUGUCAGUGAGCUCUUGAAAACACUAGAUAAUUCUUAGGAUUAGGACUGCAUCAGCUCCAGCGUCUUUUCAUCACCAGUCAAUGUGUUUUCAGUAAUAAAGCAUACAUUUUUUCGUAAAA